AUGACACCCCUCCAUUCGGCUUUUCCGCGGGAUCCAGGAAGAGUGUGGGCGCACGACCUGGGAGGGCCCCCUCCCUGCUCCGCGUCGCCAUUGGCAGUCCGGCCCCCCGCGCCGCCGGGGAGCAGGGGAGCCUCCGCAGCCUCGGAUCCGCCCGCGCCCGCCCGCUCACCUUCCCGGGAAGGUCCCGCCGGCCAAGCUGUGCAGGAAGCCACCCUCGGCGCGGCGGGCGGCAUGGCCGGCUCGGCCAGGGAGCACCUGCUGUUCGUGCGGCGGCGGAGCCCCCAGAUGCGCUACACGCUGAGCCCCGAGAACCUGCAGAGCCUGGCCCAGGGCGCCAGGCCCGAGAACAUGGCCCUGCAGCGGGCCAACAGCGACACCGACCUGGUGACCUCGGAGAGCCGCUCCAGCCUCACGGCCAGCAUGUACGAGUACACGCUGGGCCGCGCCCAGAACCUCGUCCUCUUCUGGGACAUCAAGGAGGAGGUGGACCCCAGCGACUGGAUCGGGCUGUACCACAUCGAUGAGAAUUCUCCAGCCAACUUCUGGGAUUCUAAAAACAGGGGCGUGACUGGCACCCAGAAAGGCCAGCUUGUUUGGAGGAUUGAGCCGGGGCCCUACUUCAUGGAACCGGAGAUAAAAAUCUGCUUCAAGUACUACCACGGCAUCAGCGGGGCCCUGCGAGCCACCACGCCCUGCAUCACUGUCAGGAACCCCGCUGUGAUGAUGGGGGCAGAAGGCGCAGAAGGAGGUGCGUCCGGAAGCCCGCAUUCCCGGAAGCUUGUCAGCUUCACACUGUUCGAUCUCAGAGCUGUUGGGCUAAAGAAAGGGAUGUUCUUCAACCCGGACCCUUACCUGAAGAUGUCCAUCCAGCCGGGGAAGAAGAGCAGCUUCCCCACCUGCGCCCACCACGGCCAGGAGAGGCGGUCCACCAUCAUCAGCAACACCACCAACCCCAUCUGGCACCGAGAGAAAUACUCCUUUUUUGCACUUGUUACCGAUGUCUUAGAAAUUGAGAUCAAAGACAAAUUCGCCAAGAGCCGUCCUAUCAUCAAGCGUUUCCUGGGGAAGCUGACCAUCCCCGUGCAGCGGCUGCUGGAGCGCCAGGCCAUCAGCGACCAGAUGCUGAGCUACAGCCUCGGCAGAAGGCUGCCCGCCGACCACGUGAGCGGGUACCUCCAGUUCAAAGUGGAGGUUACGUCCUCCCUGCACGAAGAUGCUUCCCCGGAAGCCGUGGGCACGAUGCUGGGGGCCGGCUCUGUGAACGGAGACUUGGGCAGCCCUUCGGACGAGGAGGAGGUGACCGGGGCCCACCCCGACGGCCCGGCCUGCCCCAACGGGCCGGUGUCCGAGGACAGCGCCGAGGGCACGCCCAAGCACUCCUUCGGGACCAGCUCCGCCCUGGACGUGGACGCCGAGGACCUGACCUCCACGUCCUCACGGAGCUCGCCGCCCCGCGGGCGCCAGGCUUCCCUCCAGGACUACCUGGGCGCCGGGGACCACGACGGCCCUGCCCGGCCGGGCCCCGCGCCUGGCGAGCGGCCCACGGGGGCCUCCCCGAAGCUGAGGAGCAGCUUCCCCACGGACACCAGGCUCAGCGCCAUGCUCCACAUCGACUCCGACGAGGAGGACCACGAGCUGCCGCCCGGCCUGGGCUCCCCGUCGUCCCCGGAGGACGAGGGGGGCCUGAUCAUGUUCGGGGGGCCGCCGAGGACCGACGACGACGCCGGCAGCCUGUCCUCGCAGACGAAGCCGGAGGACACCCCGCUGGAGGCCCAGGAGGGCCCCACGCAGGAGGCCCCCUCCCCGGAGGGGAAGCCGGAGGGCCCCCCCGAGCUGGCCGAGGGCCCCUCCCCGGCCGGCCCUGCCCCCGGGGAGAGCGAAGAAGAUGGGCCAGCGUCUCAGCCCAGCGCCGACCCGGACGGCACGGAGCCCUGCGGCUCCCAAGAGGCGGACCCCACCCCGCGGGGGGCAGACACGGGCCCCCCCGACACGCCGGGAGGAAGCCAGAGGGCCGCCAGCGAGGCCGAGUCCCUGGACCAGGGCUCUGAGCCCUCUCAGGUGUCCUCGGAGACGGAGCCCAGCGACCCUGCCCGGACCGAGAGCGUGAGCGAGGCCAGCACCCGGCCCGAGGGCGAGAGCGACGCGGAGGGCGCGGACAGCUCCUGCCACGAGAGCGCCGCCACGCAGCUGUCCUCCGUGGACACGCGCUGCUCCUCCUUCCCCGACACCCCCACCUUCUCCUCCCAGGAGGAGGAGGAGGACAGGGCCUGCGCGGGGGAGCCCCCCGGCGGCCGCCCCGCGUCCCGGGGGCCGCAGGAGGCCUCGUGCGCGCCGGGCUCCCUGCCUGCCGUGCACAUGCCCAGCGCCGAGGAAGAGGGGCCCGGGGGGGAGCCAGCCCCCUUCCCCGACCAGGACCAGGACCAGGACCGGGACCGGGACCGGGACCGGGACCGGGACCGGGACGAGGGCGGGGAGGUCUGGCAGCGGAGGGGCAGCCUCGAGGGAGCGGCUGCCCCCGUGGAGAGCCAGCCCCAGGAAGAGGGCGAUGCCGGCCAUGCCCCGGGGGCUGGUGAAGGGGCCGCCGCCCAGGAGGAGGGCGCCACUGGAGGUGCCCAGGCCAACGGCCACCAGCCCCUGCGCUCGCUGCCGUCGGUGCGCCAGGAUGUCAGCCGGUACCAGCGGGUGGACGAGGCGCUCCCACCAAACUGGGAGGCGCGCAUCGACAGCCACGGCAGGAUCUUCUACGUGGACCACGUGAACAGGACCACGACGUGGCAGCGGCCCACGGCGCCCCCCGCCCCGCAGGUGCUGCAGAGGUCCAACUCCAUCCAGCAGAUGGAGCAGCUGAACCGCAGGUACCAGAGCAUCCGCAGAACCAUGACGAACGAGAGGCCCGAGGAAAACGCCAGCGCCCUCGAUGGGGCCGGGGAGGAGGCCGACUUCCACCAAGCCAGCGCAGAUUUCCGCCGUGAGAACGUCCUGCCGCACUCUACCUCCAGAUCCAGGCUCACGUUGCUGUUACAGUCUCCCCCUGUGAAGUUCCUCAUCAGCCCCGAGUUCUUCACCGUGCUACACUCGAACCCUAGUGCCUACCGCAUGUUUACAAACAACACGUGUUUGAAGCACAUGAUCACCAAAGUCCGGCGGGACACCCACCACUUUGAACGCUACCAGCACAACCGGGACCUUGUGGGAUUUCUCAACAUGUUCGCCAACAAGCAGCUGGAGCUGCCCAGGGGCUGGGAAAUGAAGCACGACCACCAGGGCAAGGCGUUCUUUGUUGACCACAACGCCCGGACCACCACGUUCAUCGACCCCCGGCUCCCCCUGCAGAGCAGCAGGCCCACGAGCGCACUGGUGCACCGGCAGCACCUGACCCGGCAGCGCAGCCACAGCGCGGGCGAGGUAGGAGAGGAUACGAGGCACGCGGGGCCGCCCGUCCUUCCCAGGCCGUCCAGCACGUUCAACACCGUCAGCCGGCCGCAGUACCAGGACAUGGUUCCAGUGGCUUACAAUGACAAGAUUGUUGCAUUUCUGCGCCAACCCAAUAUCUUUGAAAUUCUACAGGAGCGUCAGCCUGAUCUCACCAGGAACCACUCACUCAGGGAGAAGAUCCAAUUUAUUCGAACGGAAGGGACCCCAGGAUUGGUGCGUCUUUCAAGUGAUGCAGACCUUGUGAUGUUGCUGAGUUUAUUUGAAGAAGAGAUAAUGUCUUAUGUGCCUCCGCAUGCCUUACUCCACCCCAGCUACUGUCAGUCCCCGCGCGGCUCCCCCGUGUCCUCUCCCCAGAACUCGCCAGGUACACAGCGUGCCAAUGCCCGGGCACCAGCCCCUUACAAGCGAGACUUUGAAGCCAAGCUGAGGAACUUUUACAGGAAGUUGGAGACGAAAGGAUACGGACAAGGCCCAGGGAAGUUAAAGUUAAUCAUCAGAAGAGAUCACUUACUCGAAGAUGCUUUUAAUCAGAUCAUGGGCUACUCCCGAAAAGAUCUGCAGAGGAACAAGCUGUACGUCACCUUCGUCGGGGAGGAAGGGCUGGAUUACAGUGGACCUUCCAGAGAGUUCUUCUUCCUGGUGUCCAGAGAACUCUUUAACCCGUAUUACGGCUUAUUCGAAUAUUCGGCCAAUGACACCUACACAGUGCAAAUAAGUCCCAUGUCUGCUUUCGUGGACAAUCACCAUGAAUGGUUCCGGUUCAGCGGUAGGAUCCUGGGUCUCGCACUGAUACACCAGUACCUGCUGGAUGCCUUCUUCACCCGGCCCUUCUACAAGGCUCUCCUCAGAAUUCUGUGUGACCUGAGUGACCUCGAGUACCUGGAUGAAGAGUUCCACCAGAGCCUGCAGUGGAUGAAGGACAACGACAUCCAUGACAUCCUGGACCUCACCUUCACUGUGAACGAAGAAGUCUUCGGGCAGAUCACGGAGCGCGAGUUGAAGCCCGGGGGCGCCAACAUCCCGGUCACGGAGAAGAACAAGAAGGAGUACAUCGAGAGGAUGGUGAAGUGGCGGAUCGAGCGAGGCGUGGUGCAGCAGACGGAGAGCCUGGUGCGCGGCUUCUACGAGGUGGUGGAUGCCAGGCUGGUUUCUGUGUUUGAUGCGAGGGAACUGGAGCUGGUCAUCGCGGGCACGGCCGAAAUCGACCUGAGUGACUGGAGGAACAACACCGAGUACAGAGGAGGGUACCACGACAAUCACAUUGUAAUCCGGUGGUUCUGGGCGGCCGUGGAGAGAUUCAACAAUGAGCAGCGGCUGCGGCUGUUACAGUUCGUGACGGGCACGUCCAGCAUUCCCUACGAAGGCUUCGCUUCUCUCCGGGGGAGCAACGGCCCCAGAAGGUUCUGUGUGGAAAAGUGGGGGAAAAUCACCGCGCUUCCCAGAGCUCACACGUGUUUCAACCGCCUGGACCUCCCCCCGUACCCCUCGUUCUCCAUGCUGUAUGAGAAGCUCCUGACAGCCGUCGAAGAGACCAGCACCUUUGGACUUGAGUGA